AUGGCAGACCCCCUCUUCGGCAUCGUCCCCGCCGGCCUGCCCCUCAUCACAUCCCCCUCCCAGUCCCCCUCGCCCACGUCCCUCCUCUACGCCCUCCCCACCUCAAAACACUUCACCCACAUCACCGUCCUCCUCCUCCCCAGCGUGUCCCUGCCGCCCGGAACCGCCGCGGCCAUCUACCUCGCCACCGCCCAGGACGUCGUCGCUAACGGCGGGGCCGCCAAGUUCCGCUUCCUCGGCGCCAUCGGCCCGGGGAAAGAGAGCGCCGUCUUCAAGAUCUCCUCGGCUGAGACACCGGGUGGGCUCGUCCUCGGCGUCGAGAUCGAGCCCGAGGACGCCGUCGCCCGCCAGAUGCAGGAGCUCGCCGCCUCGAGGCAACAGGGAGGAGGAGGAGGAGCCGGUGGUACAGGCCAGCCACCCACAGCCGUGCUCGCCCAGCGCAUCAUCCAGAACGCCUUCAACUUCCUCACCAGCUUCAGCGGCACCGCGGGGCCCGGCGGCGUCGAGGUCGUGCCGCUUAAGGCGUUCGAGGAGUGGUGGAAGAAGUUUGAGUCUCGCGUCCGGGCGGACCCGAGCUUUCUCGAGAAGCAGUCUGACUGA